GAGAUCGAGGACAGAUCACAUCGAUCACCGGCGUGGGUGUGACUAAGGUUAGUCAGUGAUGGCGUCGAGGAGUAUGGGCCUCCUUCUUGCGCUCUCCGCCAUUGCCGGCCUGCUCUCGCCGGCGCUGUCCGCGCGGUUCAUCUCUCUGCCCACCGACCACCGUCCUGUCACUGCGCCGCCCCUCGCCGACGGCCUCGCCUACGACCUCUACAGUGGCUCGUGCCCGCAGCUGGAGACCAUCGUGCGCUCCGCCGUGCAGGCGGCGCUCCAGCAGGAGAUCGCCCUCGCCGCCGGCCUCCUCCGCAUCUUCUUCCACGACUGCUUCCCGCAGGGCUGCGACGCGUCGCUGCUUCUGACAGGAGCCAACAGCGAGCAGCAGCUGCCGCCCAACCUGACGCUGCAGCCGCGGGCGCUGCAGCUCAUCGAGGACAUCCGCGCCCAGGUGCACGCCGCCUGCGGCCCCACCGUCUCCUGCGCCGACAUCACCGCCCUCGCCACCCGCGACGCCGUCGUCGCCUCCGGGGGGCUGACUUACGACGUGCCGCUCGGCCGCCUCGACAGCUUGGCGCCGGCUCCCAGCGACGCCGUGUUCCAGCUCCCGCAGCCCACCUCCGACGUCUCCACUCUCCUCAACGCAUUCCAGAGCCGCAACCUCGACAACGUCGACCUCGUCGCGCUCUCCGGCGGCCACACCAUCGGCAGGGCGCGUUGCAGCUCCUUCUCCAACCGCUUCCGCGAGGACGACGACUUCGCCCGGAGGCUCGCCGCCAACUGCUCCAACGACGGCACUCGCCUGCAGGAACUCGACGUCGUCACCCCGGACAUCUUCGACAACCAGUACUACAGCAACCUGGUGGCCGGUCAGGGGGUGUUCACCUCCGACCAGGGGCUCACCGGCGACUGGCGCACCAGCUGGGUGGUCAACGGCUUCGCCGGCAACCACUGGUGGUUCUACGGUCAGUUCGGCAGCUCCAUGGUGAAGCUGGGACAGCUCCAGGGUCCAUCAGGAAACGUCGGCGAGAUCCGCCGGAAUAGCUGCUUCGUGCCCAACGGACAGUCGAGCCAGACCAUCCUUCCGGCCGCCGGCGACGACGGGUUCGCAACCUCUGCUUGAGAUGGAUCAUCCUGUCAAACUGGUUAUGCACACUACAAGUACACACGUACGUACUUGUAGUGCAUUUCGUCCCAUGUACGUCCCUUGGAUCGGUAAUAAGAGCAUCUUACUUAAUUCUGUCGAUGAAACCCUGUCUAGCCACAGGAGUUAAUUAUAAGACGUGUUUUAUGUAAACAACUAGAUUUAUGUUCUUAAUUUCUUGCAUGGAUAUUGGUAA